AGAGGGGUCGGGGGCGCGACUGCUAUUCAGCCGGUGUGUGCCGCUGCGAGAGGCUCCGCAGGAGAGUCUACUCGACGCUCGGUCCCGAGAACGUGACCAGGACCAGAGACAGCCGCGUAGCCGAGCGGAAGCUGGUGGCACCGGAGUGCUGCCGGAGUCCGAGUUCGGCAGGCGGGAAGCACCCGGCAUAGGGGAAGCCCCAGGAGCAGCGCGGCGGCGCCUCCCUUACCCAAGGGGCCGCGGCGACGGUCACGGGGCGCGGCGCCACAGCGCGCGACCCAGGCCACGAUUCCAAACAGGCGGGCCAGGCUCCUCCUCCACCCGGGCCGCCUCACCUGCGGACAGCGCAGCGCCGCCUCCUCCGGUGCAGACGGCACCUGCGCCGCUUUGCUCACGGGUCUCCGCCCCUCGCCGCUCCGCUCCAGACCCGGGUAACUCACCUGGCCGCGCGGGGCUACUGGAGCCCCGGUUCGGGGCGCGCGGCGUCUGAGCCACCUCCUGGGGAGGACGCAGGUGGAGCGGGGCGUGACUUCGUGGAAGCAGGCGCCGGCUACUGCAGUCGUCCCGGUUGCUGCCGGAUCCCGGGCACCGGGCAGUCUCGCCCGCUCCCGGGAAGGAGCCGCCGCCGGCUAGGCACCAUGAACAGUAGCAGCGCCCAUAUCACCUACGCCAGUCGCAAGCGGCGGAAGCCAGUGCAGAAAACUGUCAAGCCAAUCCCAGCUGAAGGAAUCAAGUCAAAUCCUUCCAAGCGACAUAGAGACCGACUUAAUACAGAGUUGGACCGUUUGGCCAAUCUGCUGCCUUUUCCCCAAGAUGUUAUUAAUAAGCUGGACAAACUUUCAGUUCUCAGGCUUAGUGUCAGUUACCUAAGAGCCAAGAGCUUCUUUGAUGUUGCAUUACAGUCCUCCCCAGCUGACAGAAAUGAAGUCCAGGAAAACUGCCGAACGAAAUUCAGAGAAGGCCUGCAUUUGCAAGAAGGAGAAUUCUUACUACAGGCUCUGAAUGGCUUUGUGCUGGUUGUAACCACAGAUGCUUUGGUCUUCUAUGCUUCUUCUACCAUACAAGAUUACUUAGGGUUUCAGCAGUCUGACGUCAUACAUCAGAGCGUAUAUGAACUUAUUCACACUGAAGACCGAGGUGAGUUUCAGCGUCAGCUACACUGGACAUUAAACCCUUCACCGUGUACGGACUCUGGACAAAGAAUUGAUGAGGCUAAUGGCCUGCCACAAACAGUAGGCUGUUAUACCCCAGACCAGCUUCCUCCAGAAAACUCUUCCUUUAUGGAAAGGAGCUUUGUGUGCCGACUAAGAUGUCUGCUGGACAAUUCAUCUGGUUUUCUGGCAAUGAAUUUCCAAGGGAGGUUAAAGUAUCUUCAUGGACAGAACAAGAAAGGGAAAGACGGAUCGCUACUUCCCCCGCAGCUGGCUUUGUUCGCAAUAGCGACUCCCCUUCAGCCGCCGUCCAUCCUUGAGAUCCGGACCAAAAAUUUCAUCUUUAGAACCAAACACAAACUAGACUUUACGCCUACUGCUUGUGAUGCCAAAGGAAAACUUGUUUUAGGCUAUACUGAAGCAGAGUUGUGCAUGAGAGGAUCAGGAUACCAGUUUAUUCAUGCUGCUGAUAUGCUUUAUUGCGCUGAGUACCAUAUACGGAUGAUUAAGACUGGAGAGAGUGGCAUGAUAGUAUUUAGGCUUCUUACCAAAGAUAAUCGAUGGACCUGGGUUCAGUCUAAUGCACGCUUAGUGUAUAAAAAUGGAAGACCAGAUUAUAUCAUUGCAACUCAGAGACCUCUAACAGAGGAAGAAGGAACAGAACAUUUACGAAAGCGAAAUACGAAGUUCCCUUUUAUGUUUACUACUGGAGAAGCUGUGUUAUAUGAGAUAACCAGUGCUUUCCCUCCUAUGAUGGAUCUCUUACCAAUAAGGACUAAAAAUGGUACAAGUGGCAGAGAUUCUGCUACCAAAUCAACUCUCAGUAAGGAUUCUCUCAACCCCAGUUCACUCCUGGCUGCCAUCAUGCAACAGGAUGAGUCCAUUUAUCUCUAUCCUGCCUCAAGUAGCACACCAUUUGAACAAAAUCUUUUUAAUGAACCUAUGAAUGAAUGCAGUAAUUGGCAAGACACUGUCACACCAAUGGGAAGUGAUAGUAUCCUGAAACAUGAGGAAAUAGGUCAUUCUCAAGAAAUGAACCCAACACUCUCUGGAGGUCAGUCAGGGCUCUUUCCAGACAACAGAAAUAGUGACUUGUACAGCAUUAUGAAACAGCUAGGCAUUGAUUUUGAAGAUAUCAAACACAUGCAACAGAAUGAGGAAUUUUUCAGAAGUGACUUGUCAGUUGAGGGUGACUUCAGAGAUAUUGACAUAACAGAUGAAAUCCUAACAUAUGUCCAGGAUUCUUUAAGUAAGCCUACCUUCGGGUGCUCGGAUUACCAGCAGCAGCAGUCCAGGGCACUGAACUCAAGCUGUAUGGUACAAGAGCACCUGCGGCUGGAACAGCAGCAGCAGCUCCAGCCCCACCAAAGCCACAGAGCAGUGGAGCAGCAGCAGCAACUCUGUCAGAAAAUGAAGCACAUGCAAGUGAAUGGCAUGUUUGCCCAGUGGAGCUCUAACCCGCCCGUGCCUUUGAGUUGUCCUCAGCAAGAUCUACAACAGUAUAAUGUCUUUCCGGACUUAACUGGGACCAGUCACGAGUUUCCCUACAAACCGGAGAUCGAUCCUGGGCCAUACACACAGAACUUGAUUCCCUGUCACCAGUCUGUGUUACCACAGCAUUCCAAGGGGACACAAUUAGACUUCCCCAUAGGGAAUUUUGACCCAUCCCCAUACCCUACUACUAAUUUAGACGAUCUUGUCACAUGUUUACAAGUUCCCGAAAACCAAACACAUGGACUAAAUCCAGAGUCAACCGUAGUAAAUCCUCAAUCCUGUUAUGCCGGGGCCAUGUCCAUGUACCAGUGCCAGCCAGAACUGCAGCCCAGCCAUGGGGCUCCUAUGCCCUACAACCCAGCAAUGCCGGCUCCACAGGCAUUUUUAAACAAGUUUCAGAAUGGAGAAGUUUUAAGUGAAACCUACCCAGCUGACUUAAGUAAUAUGAACAACACUCAGACUCCCACACAUCUUCAGCCCCUUCAUCACCCAUCGCAAGCCAGACCUUUCCCUGAUUUGACAUCCAGUGGAUUCCUGUAAUUGCAAGUCCAUUUUAAGCACCUUGGUUUUUGGAUGAGUUUGCAGAAGAUUACAGAAUAAUGAAACUGUCAGUGUUGGUCAUCAGCAAGUUUACAUGGAGGCGUUGUUGUGUGUUGUUCAUGCUUUUUUUCCAAAUCAACCUUCAUUGUUUUUAAGAGUUAAAAAAAAUUACCAAAAAUACAUAUCCUAUAGUCAUUAAAAUAGAAAGUGUGCUGCCACAGAGGCUGAGAUUCCAUCUCUAUGUCACGUGGUUCGGAGUACCAGAGAAUAUACAAAACUUACUUAGGGGAACUUUAGGACACUCUUUAAAAAGUAUUUCAUUUUUUUCUCCUGACAAAUUUCUGAGUUUUCAACUUCUAAGUUGUCAAUACACCAAAUACAAAUUAAACUCUUUCCUUUUAUCUUUAGCUUCGGCUUGUAUCUCAGAUAUUAAAGUAAGUGGUUUGGUGCUGUUAUAAAAGAUAAUCUUAGUGCUUCCCUCCUUCAUUGUUAAUGUAAGUGCCUCACAUUUUUUUAUACCUGUAACACUGUAGGAUGUAUAUUUGAUAGAAAAUAUACUUUUUUAAAUAACAUUCUGCACACAAAUAUUAUUUGUAUUUCUUAAAUUCAGUCAUUUUUAUUAUUCCAAGCAUGUUUUAACUGCACUACUCACCCACUUUCUUCAGGAAAAGGGCAAAUAAUGAUUAAAAAGGUAUUUAUUUUAUAAUCUAGUUGCUUCUAGACUCUAAAUGUUGCUCUGUGCCUUAUGUUGAAAAAUUUUGGAAGUCAAAUGUGUUUCUGAAUUAUAAACAUUAAGACCGCAGCACUAAAAUUUCAGCAGUGUUUUCAGAUGAAAGAGAUAUACUACCGUUUACCUUUCCAUGAUCGUUGAAUGUUGCAAUGUGGAAAAUCUGCUUGAAUGCAACAGUGUUUAUUAACUUGCAAUGAGAAGAAGUAGCUUUAUUUCUAGCUCUUUAAUUAAUCCCCAUUUCAAUGUGUAUAAAUUCCUUAAAAACUAUUUUAGAUCUAGAAUGAGCUUUAAAGUAUAGUAUACUGACUUUAUAAAUUUCACUUCUUAGUACAGUGGAAACUGUUUUUCUCAUAUUUGAGGAGUAUUAAGAUUGAAUAUAGCAAUGUUUGAUGCAAAGUAUUGUUAUGAGUGAAAUGAAUGGUGCAUUUAUAGUGAACAAAAUUAUUUGUAAAAUAUUUUCAGUCAUUCAUUUAAAAAGUCUAUACCAUAUAUAUGUACCUAAUUUGGGUCUUACAUAUUUUCUCGGUGUGUCUUUUUAAGAAAUCAUAUAAUGAAUUUUACUUCGAUAUUAAGACAACCAUGCAGUUGUCUAAACUUCAAACAUGUUGUUUACAUGAUAUAAUGACCUUUAUUAUCAGUAAGGCAAAUUAAUCACCCUACUAACUUUACCGUCCUCAGGUUAAUUUUUUUUUUAAAUACCCUUUUAUUUAAAUGUGACACCUGAAGGGCAGACACAGAUUGCAUGUAUAAUAUAAAAACAUUACAAAAUCUCAAGCUGAGAUGUAGUAUUAAAAUACAAUAUUUUUCAUUUUUAGUAAAUUAAUGUAUAUAAAAGUGGCUUCUGAUGAAAUAUGUCAGUUCUAUGCAUUUUCAGUCAAAAUUUUCAAUCUGUAGAAUCAAUUUAAAUGUU